AUGGUAUUUAAGCGUCAGUCAUCCAGCUCUCAUUCUUCAUCGAGUCAGUCUCUGAUGGCUGGAUUCGUACGUGUGGAAGAGGACGGUGAGAAGCAGCGCAAACGCUCACUAUCAGCCUCUUCGCCAUGUUCUGUUGCAACACGUGAGGGUCGCGCAAGCACCAAGAGCAAGGUCUUCUCCCGUUGGCUCUAUGGCGUUCUACGUGGUGACACAUUGCAGCUUUAUUGGCGUCGCACUGACUACAAACGAAAGACACCGCCAUUAGACACGCUCGUAUUGCAGAUGCAACCUGCCGCGCCAAACGAGAGUGUUUUCAGCUUCGACAAUGAAUGUCUCUAUGUACGAGCCAAGGAAUCGGGUCAUGUCAUUGCUCUUCGCAUUUACCAACGCAAAGACAUUGUCCGGUGGGUCACGGCGUUCUAUUACCGAAGUAUUGGAAGUGAAGAACAACUUCAGAAGAGUGGCAGUAAUCCACCAAAUUUUAUCAGGUAUGUUGCUUCAUCUUCGGAUAAUAUAGAGCCACAGAUGCGCAGAAGGAGCGUUUCAUUUCAAGAGAAGCCACUGGUGUGGGUUCUGCCUGAAGUUGCUUAUGAUCCGGACGACCUCUUCUAUUCGGAGAACGACUAUGAAAGGUUUCUCAUGGACAAGCCAUCACACUUUUCUACGUUCAUGCGCACAAUUUAUUCUAAAACAGCAGCCAAGCUGCGCGUGUCUACAAAACGAUGA